AUGGAACAAUAUUAUAGGUUACAGAAAGCAGUUAAUACAAUUGAAAACAAUGUCCCUGAUGUUGCCUCCACCAUUAUUACAUCAGAAUUUACAAAGACUACACAAGGAAUUCAAUAUAUUGCACAUGAAAUUGUCCAAACAGCAUCAAUUCGACCGAAAUCUAUUCAAAAUCUAUCAAAUCUUGUUGCGCAGCUCAUUUCUAAGCAGUCAUCUGAAAACAAAUUCGGUAAAUUAAUUUCAUAUAUCCUUGAUGAGAUGAGAUAUUACAAUGGCACCGAAGACAAUAAGAUUUACCCUGUUUUGAAGUUCGUCCGUCUCCUUUACAACCUCAAUCUCGUUACAAUUGAUGAAAUUAAGAAACUUUUAACAAUUCAUCCAGAAGGACCAUUCACGAAAGUGUUACACAAUUGCUUCAUACCAGAAAUUGGCCUCCAAGUUGGCGUUAUCCAUCCAUGGCCAAAGAGCAUCAUCUCAGAAACUUGGGAUGAACUAGCUAUCGAAAAUUUCAAUGGCUACAUCAUGCGCGAAGGCGAUGAAGGUUCAAUCAACCACUUAUUACGUGCAGAUGACCCAAGUUUCAUUCCUGAUGACAAAUUCAACUUCAAACGUCAAAUCUUCUACCCAGAGAUAGGCAAGUCACUCCCUCUCCUCGAUAUCGCAGCUUACUACGCUUCAAUCAAGUGCUUCAGAGCUAUUUCCGCAAAAGUCAACCAAUACGACCAAGAAAUCGCUCGUUGUGCAGCUAUCGGUGGUAAUGCUGAAAUCCUUAAGUAUCUACAAGCCAGAAACAUUCCUGUUGCAAAGCAACUCGAUAUUACCAUUCAAUACCACAACAUUGAAGCUUUUGAAUACUUAAAUAGCCUCGACGAUAAGUUUUCAAACAAAUCUAUCGUCGGAAUAGAGGUCGAACACAAUUUCAUCCACCUUUUACAACAGAAGCCAGAAGCUACAGUUUUAGAGCAUUUCACGAAGCUACAUAAUGCUGUUUGUGGUGGCCAUUCAUUUGCAGCAAGCUUUGUUGUUAAAACAAUACCUUCUGCGUUGAAUCCAUCUCUUACUCCAGAAAAUGACACUUUAGCAGCAGCCGUAGUCAAUAAUAUACCAGACGUUGUUACAGCGUACCUCACUGCAUUCCCUAAGUUAGUCCAUCGUUUUCCAAACAAAGAUUCAGAUUUAUAUAGCGCAUGCGUUCACGAAAGAAGCGAAGUCAUCCAUACAUUAUUACAGUUCCCAGUAGAUAUAAUGCAGGGAUGCCCUUGCCAUGUCGUAGCUUUGAAGGGAAGACUUAAUAUCGUGAAAGAGUUCUUUGAAAGGAAGGACUUCGACCACAACGCUAGGAAUAAAGAUGGACUUACUAUUCUCAAUGCAGCCAUCAUCUCAGGUAACGAUGAUUUGGUAUAUUAUAUCUUUGAUAAGUAUCCACAGCUCGAAUGGACAGAUACAUUGGGCCAAACACCAUUGCAUUGUGCUGUUGCCAACCAGAACUACGUUUUGACCGAGUAUUUCCUUGGAAAAGGUGCAAAUAUAAACACACAAGAUUCUACCGGAAGAACUCCAUUGCAUACAGCAUGCGCUUUAGGAGAUAUCGGGUUGGCAUCAAUUCUCCUCAACGUCCAAGGCAUCAACAUCAACUUACUGACACAGCACAAGAGAACUCCACUUCAUGAAGCCAUCAAAAAAGGUGACAUUGAAUGUAUCAAAGCAUUGUGUCAGAGAGAUGAUUUAGAUCCAAACAUCAAAGAUGACGCAGACAGAACACCACUCCACGAGGCAAUUCUCGGUGGAAGAGCUGAAUCAGUAACACAAGUUCUCAACAUAAAGAAUGUCGACAAAUCUCUCAAAUGCAAGGGAAAGUCUGCAUUCAAACUCGCUGCAACAAAGGAAAUGAGAAAACUUGUUUUAGAUAAUGGCUGUCCAAAAUAA